CCUUUGCCCGACAAAACCACAAGCAUCGAAUGUUAAACAAAUCGAAAUUUAAUAUUAACAUCUUCAAAGUCAACUCCCCCUUUCCUUCUCUCUUCAUUUAUCUUCUCCUCAUAUCUCAACUCUUCUUCUCUUAAAUUAAAUCAUAUUCAAUAUUCCAGCUAUAACCUUUUAAACUCUGAUAUAAUCUUCUCUCUUUCUCUCUCCAUAGGAAACAGUUUUGUGGGUUUCUUGAGAAAUGGGCAACGGAAUAGCAAAGGUUUGUUUGUGUUUCGCCGGAGACCCGGGAGAGAUUUCUCGGCGGCGUCACGAUAUCGCCGUGUGCUUGUCUGAACCUCUUGAUGAGGGCUUGGGUCAUUCCUUCUUCUACAUACCACCCGACCCACCUCAAAAAAUCAUCCAGGAUGACUCUGUGCGAGUCCCGGCCGCUCAAACGGCGGCGUUUCGUACUAUCUCCGGCGCCUCCAUCUCCGCCAACGUUUCCACCCCUCUGUCGACGGAGCCUUUCCCGUAUGCUAGUUCAACCUCCCUCGAUAAGGCAUCGGCUUUCGAAAGCUCCCAGUUUUUCUCUUCUAUUCCCCUCCAGCCAAUUCCCAGGAAUUCAAUCACCUCCGUCAAGUCCGGCCCUAUCUUGAGGAAUUCGGUCCCGGGCUCAGGCCCGAUGGAGCGCGGAUUUCGGUCAGGCCCGAUGGAACGCUUCGUUUCAGGCCCGUUGGAGAACCAGUUUGAUCAGUUGCAGAGGUACAGGCCCAAAUCCAAGAAAUGGGCUUUGAUUCACAAUUUGAAAAAGGUGAUAUCAAAAUCAUUACGGGGUUUUUCUAAAGAAUUGAAUCAUAAUGAGCAUAAUAAUGGUAUUUCUAGUGGGAGUCAUAGUGGUAAUAGCAGUACUAUUACUAGCAAUAAUUUGAGUAGCGAAGUGAGCUUAACUGAUGAUAAUGAUGAUGUUGGAAAUGAAUCCUUUGGGAUUCAAAAUGUGCAGUGGGCACAGGGAAAAGCUGGUGAAGAUAGAGUACAUAUUGUGAUUUCUGAGGAACACGGAUGUGUUUUUGUUGGUAUUUAUGAUGGUUUUAGUGGACCUGAUGCCACUGAUUUCUUGUUAAACAAUCUCUAUUCCAAUGUGUACAAGGAGCUUAAGGGAUUAUUAUGGUUCGACAAGUCAGAAUCGUGCGAAAACACCAUCGAUAGUCAGUCGUUUAUGUCCAAGAGUUUGGAUAGUAAGGAAAGAGUGGAGUUGGAUAGAAAAUUAAGGGAGAAAUUGAGAAAUUUGGGGGCUGAUGUGGUUCAAGGAAAUAAUACCAUUAACCAUUUGGGGGUGGUGAAAGCUCUAUCCGAAGCGCUGAGGAAGACUGAGGCAUCGUAUUUGGAAAUCGCGGAUAUGAUGCUAACGGAGACUCCGGAGUUGGCCUUGAUGGGAUCUUGUGUUCUGGUGAUGGUGAUGAAGGGUGAUGAUGUUUACUUGAUGAAUGUUGGGGAUAGUCGAGCAGUUUUAGCGAAAAAGACAGAGAAUGAUGGGAGGCCGAGGAAGGAUUUAGAUGAAAUGCUUUACAGCGAUGAAUUUGAGAAUACACAUAAUUUGAGUUCUUGUCAGCUCACAAUGGAUCAUUGUACAUCUGUUAAAGAGGAAGUUAGAAGGAUUCGAAAUGAGCAUCCAGACGAUCCCUUGGCGGUGUUCAAUGAACGAGUGAAAGGUUCAUUGAAGGUCACUCGUGCUUUUGGAGCCGGCUUCCUCAAACAGCCUAAAUGGAACAAUGCUCUCAUAGAAACUUUCAAAAUCGACUACGUUGGUAAUUCCCCCUAUAUAUCAUGUUCGCCAUCGCUUUGUCACCAUAGGGUCGACCCAGAAGACAAAUUUUUGAUUUUGUCUUCAGAUGGCCUCUACCAGUACUUCACAAAUGAAGAAGCCAUUUCUGAAGUAGAAAUGUUCAUGUCUACAUUUCCGGAGGGCGAUCCAGCUCAACAUCUCGUCGAAGAAGUACUAUUUAGAGCUGCAAAAAAGGCUGGUAUGGAUUUUCAUGAAUUGCUUGAUAUCCCACAAGGGGAUCGUCGAAAGUACCAUGAUGAUGUCUCGAUUAUCAUUAUUUCUUUUGAAGGAAGGAUAUGGCGUUCAUCGAUGCAAUUAGAAUUAGAAUAGGGGAUACAAAUCGGGGGAAAAAAAAAAUGAAGUUAGGAUAAGUAAUUUUUGUUUUUGUUCUUAAUUUUACUUUUCUUUGAUACAAAUUAGGAUCCAAAUCAAGAUAGAAAAAUGUUCUAUGUUAGUAUCAGUUUGUGGGGAUUGUAAAUGUUGGUAACACCACCUUGAAAUUUGAUGAUAUUUUCAAGAUUUUGUAAAUUUUGGUACUGUAUGAGUGGUGAACUGAUCAGAAUUCUUUAA